CCGCCUUUCACAAAACCAAACAAAACGCACCCGCAAUAUAAAGAGGAGACCAAGGCGUGAAGUGGAGGAGGCAGAGGUGGACGAGGCGCGCCACCGCCCGAGCCGAAUCGAGCUGCAGAAACCACCUUGGCAUGGCGACACAGGCCGCUUUCCUCGCAGGGUUCUCGCAGCUCGCCGCGCAGCCGGGCCGCGACCGCGCCGUGGCGGUGGCGGUGGCGCCGGCGCCGGGCCCGGCCCGGGUGGCCGUUGCGGCGGUGGGUAGCGCCAAGUUGGGCGUGAAGGCGGGGACGUCCAGGACCGCGGCGGUGGCGCGCCUCGGGGUGCGGUGCCGGGCCAGCCUGAUCGAGCCCGACGGCGGGCGGCUGGUGGACCUGGUGGCGCCCGAGGAGGGCGGGCGGCGCGCGGCGCUGCGGCGGGAGGCGGCGGAGCUGCCGCACCGGCUGCGCUUGGGCCGCGUCGACAAGGAAUGGGUCCACGUCCUCAGCGAAGGGUGGGCGAGCCCGCUGCAAGGGUUCAUGCGCGAGCAUGAGUUCCUCCAAGCACUUCAUUUCAAUGCCAUCCGCGGCCAGGAUGGCAGGAUGGUCAACAUGUCCGUCCCCAUCGUGCUCUCUGUCGGGGACGCACAGCGAAGGGCCAUCCAGGCCGACGGCGCCACGCGCGUCGCGCUCGUUGACGAGCGCGACCGCCCCAUCGCCGUCCUCAGCGACAUUGAGAUCUAUAAGCAUAAUAAGGAAGAAAGGGUAGCACGGACAUGGGGGACAACUGCACCUGGAUUACCUUAUGUCGAGGAGGCAAUUACCAAUGCUGGUGACUGGUUGGUUGGUGGGGACUUGGAGGUUAUAGAACCAAUCAAGUACAACGAUGGUCUAGAUCAGUAUCGCCUGUCUCCAGCACAGCUGCGUGAAGAGUUUGCCAGGCGCAAUGCUGAUGCAGUAUUUGCCUUUCAGCUUCGCAAUCCUGUACACAAUGGGCAUGCUCUUCUUAUGACCGACACACGCAAACGUCUCCUUGAGAUGGGUUAUAAAAACCCUGUUCUUCUGCUCCAUCCACUGGGAGGAUUCACAAAAGCAGAUGAUGUGCCUCUUAGUUGGAGAAUGAAGCAACAUGAGAAGGUUCUUGAGGAAGGUGUCCUCAACCCAGAAUCAACUGUUGUUGCGAUCUUUCCCUCUCCAAUGCAUUAUGCUGGGCCAACUGAGGUGCAGUGGCAUGCUAAGGCUCGUAUUAAUGCUGGUGCAAAUUUCUAUAUUGUUGGAAGGGAUCCUGCUGGUAUGAGCCAUCCCACGGAGAAAAGGGACCUCUAUGAUGCUGACCACGGGAAGAAGGUUUUGAGCAUGGCUCCUGGCCUCGAGAGGCUCAACAUCCUUCCUUUCAAGGUGGCUGCAUAUGACACAAAGCAAAAGAAAAUGGAUUUCUUCGAUCCAUCAAGGAAAGAUGAUUUCCUCUUCAUCUCUGGCACAAAGAUGCGCACUCUUGCCAAGAACCGCGAGAGUCCCCCGGAUGGUUUUAUGUGCCCGGGUGGCUGGAAAGUGCUCGUUGAAUACUAUGACAGCUUGGUGCCAUCCGAGGGCAGCAGCAAGCUGCGCGAGCCAGUUGCAGCCUGAAAUAUGGGAAGCGCUUCAGAUAAGGAACCGUACUAUGUCAGCACAAGCGGUUCUUUGCGACAUAGAACCGUUGUUGUAUGAUUGUAUACUGGCUUGUAAGACUUAAAAACACUGGGCUUGAUUUGGACGUUAAUGUGUGCAUUGUAACUGGUGUGCCCUAUCUGCUGACAGUGUUGCACAUCACAUGUUUGGUGUUAAUAAGGACAGACUAUGUAUCAUCUGCCAGAUUGUUGUACAUAUACAUUGUGGUGAUAUAAACAUGAAGCUGUCUUCUGCU